AUGGCGUCACCAUCCAGUCCUGUUACCAUCUCCGUGCCUCGCAGCCCCGACUCAGUUGCCACCUCAGAGGAGAUCAAGGAUGAACAUGAACCACUCCGACAAGAGCACCUCGUUCAGAUCCAGGACACCCUGAAAAGACACCAAAACGAGCACUUGCCGAUGGCCUAUCUUGCCGACCAGUUGCGGCUAACCGAGAAACAACGAGCCGAACUCGUCAGCGAGUACCAUGAGUUGUCCAAAGCGCUUUCCGACGACCUGUCGGGUAUUGACGGCAGACACUUGACGAAUUGGCCGCGCAUCCAAGAGCUCGAAAUAAGUCGGGUUACGAACUAUCCGGAACUGGAAAAGGGCCACGUACGGUUCUACUCUGCGAUACUUCAAAGCGAAAUGACUAUCGCCACUCACAGGUUGAAGGCUGGUAUCUCUCAAUACAUAUCGGCGGUCGCCUAUGGCAGCACUGAACACAAGCUUGGUGGCGAAGAGUACUCCUUGAGGGACGUGGAAGAAUUUCUCGUUCUCCUGACUGAGAGCUUGCACGAAGAAGCAUUUCACAGGGGAUAUCGCACGGUUCAACAGCCAAAAACAGGAAAGCGCGCGGGCGAUAGUGAUCUUGAUCUUCAAGGUUGCAGCAAGCGCGUCAAGGCGGAAGCGGAUGUACAUUAG